CGAUGCCAGUGUGGAGCACCUGGUAGUCAGUCAUCGGCGAGGCUCCCGGUGGAACUGCGUACGGUGAAGCGGCUUCACGGCAAUGCGGAUGAACGAGGGCAAAAAUAAGAGGAAAAGUCCGCGUUUCUUUAAAAACCCGACAGGCUACUCCUUCAGUUGGUUGUAAGGUUUCAUUUUACCGGGGCUUCGCUUGCAGGAACACACGGAAACGGACAUUCACUGACUUGGAAACAGCUCUGGGGCGGAUAUUUUCCCGACAAAACGCGCACCCACAUCCGUAUUCCCAGCUCUGCCGUCCGGAACAGUCCACUUCAACGAUGAUUGCUUGAACACAAUUACACUGUCCUGUAGCCCUUUUUUUCGCCGGCAUUCUCGUCAUUUUUCACGGGCUCGCUAUGGUGGACGCUCCUGCCGCGAGGAAGACUUUUGUGGUCCCAGACAUAAAGCCGUUGGAUUUGUACGACUGCACCAAAGCCAAAAUAUGCGCAAGUGUCGGGUGGCUAUUGGCAAAGUCCUACGGCAGUGCAGAGAAUGUCCCUGCAGAGCUGCGCGACCCUUUCUACUGUGACCAGUAUGAACAGGAGCACCUUAAACCACCAGUCACUCGCCUUCUGCAGGGAUCAGAGCUCUACUGCCGGGCUUAUAGCCUCUUGCUGGAGGGGACUGGAGCCAAGGCGCAGCCUAAAGACUAUGUUGACCUGCUGCAGCGCCUUUCUCAAGAAGGCAUAGUUCCCAAAGACCAGGCUACGCCAGUGACUGAUGCAGACCUUCGACACAAACCCAUCAAAAUGAGUGCUCACCUGGCAGUGAUCGAUGCUCUUAUGGUCGUGGAAGCUAUGGAGACACUGGCUGCGGUGAAGAAAAGCGGCUCUGCAGAGUUGCUAGGUGCAGCUUCCAACUGGGAGGAAGCUUUGCUUCACUGGGUUAGUGGGUUGAACCAGAAACUUAGAGAGCAUACUGAAGGAGCCCAGAAUGACUCAUCCCAGGCCAUUACAGAGCCCCAACCUGUUCAGCCCUCUUGUCCUACUCGCUGGUACUGGAAACUAGUUCCUCUCCGCUACAGAAAGGAUAAAAUUCAAUCCAAACAAAAACCCAUCUUUCCAGUGGUGAAUGAAGUCAGUGACUUGUCCAGUGGUUGCGCCGUUGCUGCUGUCAUACAUUACUACUGCCCUGGCCUUCUAAGGCUUGAAGAUGUCUGCAUGAAGGAUUCUUUGACUGUACCAGAGAGUCUGUUUAACCUGCAGUUCAUCCGUGAAUUCUGUGACAGCUGUUUGAAGAGCUGCUGUCACUUGGCACUAGAGGAUAUGCUAUACACACCACAUCAACUCAAGUUCAACAUUCUGAGCUUCCUAGCGGAGCUGCUUAAGUGGUUUGAAGUACGAAGGCCAGACUUUGUUCAAACAAUAGAUAUGUUAGGUGGAUCUGCACCAGUUACGCCAAGUAGUUUGAGUGGCAGCAGUACUUCCCCCUCUAUCUUCAAGAAGCCGUUUCUACCCAUCUCUUCCUCUGUGUCAGGAUCUUUGACUCAGUCUACCUCAAUGUCUCAUAUAGAAGGAGUUGGAAAAACAUGGGGCAAGAAACCUCUCAGCCGACCCUUGUCAGCUGUAUCCUUCAGCAUUCCUUUUGGUCUGGACAGUGAUGUGGACAUUGUAAUGGGUAACCCUGUAAUAACCCGCUCUGUGAGCUCAGACCAACUCAACCCAGUAGGCCAAAACAUGAGUCGGGUUCCCUACACCCCUCCUGAAGACCUCAGUCACUUGCUAAACAAAGUCCCUGCUCCUAAUGGUCCACAGAGAGCUUCCUGGUCAACCCAAGUACCCAGUAUUCCAAGGCUGGCUGAGGAGAGUGACAUUCCAGAGGGUGAAGCAGGAGAGGUGCCUACCAUUGAACAGGCUCUCCAAAUUAUCCAUAACGACAGCAAAAUGGAACCUCGUUUACACCCUGAUGGUGCCCCUGAUGGCUUCUACCUCCACUCUCCUGAUGACCCUGCUAGUUCGAGACAUAAAGGCAACUCCUCAUCACCCACACACAUUAGCAGCUCUGCCCCUACACGCUCAGGAAUAAUGUACCGGGCCACAGAGGGUCGCACCAGGAACACCUCUGAAUGCUCAAGAGAUGACGACUCAGUUUUGAGAGAUGGCAGUGUGGACUCGGAUGCGUCAGAAGACUUACCCAAGUUCCAGUCGACUCCAGCUACAAUGUCUAAUGGAGCAGAUCCUGGCAAGGAUCAUGGGAAAGAGGUUUCUGACAGUGGUGUAAAGAUGACCAGCUUUGCCGAACGCAAAAAGAAACAGAUAAUGGAUUCUCCGAAAGCCGGCGAUUCCUCUUCCCCUCAUAUGACCACUUGGGCACAAAAGUCAGAGGAAAGCCCCAGCAAGAACCCACAACUUAAUAAUGAUAUGUCUGAGUUGGGAGCCCGGCUUGAAGAAAAGCGCAAGGCCAUUGAAGCCCAGAAGAAACGUAUUGAGGCCAUUUUUGCAAAGCACCGUCAAAGGCUAGGGAAAAGUGCCUUUAUACAGUUAAAGAAGGAUCAGCGUGACGAUGAAGGGGAAGGAGCAGAUGGCCGUGUCAGCACAUCAUCCACAGAAGAGGACCUCUCCCAUUUGACACUUGAAGAUCGGUUAGCUCGUAUGGAGGAAGAAGAGGAGCAGGAACCAGGGGAGCAGUGUCCUUCGGGGGAGGAUGAGGCCAAAAGAGGACUUCAGCUCAACAAAGUCAGUCAAUCCAAAGAAAAGGCAGAUACGCCAGGUGGUAAAGCAGUGGCUCCACUAGGGGACUAUAAUAAUGCUGUAUCAAAGCUGACUGCAGCUCUUAGCUCACUCCAAAUUGACAUGCAGCGACUGACUGAACAGCAGAACCAGCUAAUUAAGACAAAACCUGCGUCUUCCAGCAACAAAUCCUGGGUCAUUCCAGCCAGCCCUAAAACCCCCACCUCAGCUCCGUCUGCUGCACGUUUGUCUAGAGAAAGCACUCGAGAUUUAAGUUCAGUUUCUUCAUCUCCAUCACCAUCCCAUAGAACCACAAACCACAUCACUCCUCCUAAGUCUCCUCAGGUUCAUCGUAGAGCUCGUUCUGUACCCCCUAAAAGCCCCAAACAUCAAAAUCGGCCCUCAGAUGUUAGGGUCUCAAAUCUGUCAAGGGUUCUCAACCCACCUCAGAAUGUAGACAGAAUACCUCACCUUCGUCGCGUAAAUCCUUGGCAAUCCCAAGUCCAGACUUCAUCCUCAUUCUCCAUUGGUGACUCUGCCAGCCUGGAUGACCUCCGUUCAACUGGAUCCACUCCUGUCCCCCCGCUAACACUGACACCUACGCCAGCUCCUCGUCCGACCACAGAAGACAACCUGUCAGAGAUGGGCUCCAAUGAUGAGCAGAGUAUUUUUAGCAUGGACCUCGAGCCAGGGCCCUCACAUGGUCCUGGUGCUAAGAAAGACGGGUUUGCCGGUGGGGGCUGCAGCUCUGGUGCCCCGUCAGAAUGCUCCUUUGAGAGCGAUACCCCUGCAGGGAUGUUGAAUGGCAAGCGUAAUAGCUUGAUAGAGAUCUCACUGUCUUCACUGCAAGGAGAUGGUGAAGCAGAGGAUCAAGUACCUGAUGCCUUCUCUGACUCGAUGAGUGACCUGACAGAACCUGACACAAAAGGAGGUGUUGGGUUCUUUUUCAAGGAUGAAACUGAGCGGACAGAGGAUGAGAUGGCCCAACGACGAGCAGCUUUGCUGGAAAAACAGCAGAAGAGAGCAGAAGAGAUGAAGCGACGCAAAGCUGAGCAGGAAAAGGAAAAAGAGUCAAACAAGCCUCAGUGGAUGAUCAUCGAGGGCUGGGGGAAUAAGAGUGAAGAGAGACCACAGACACCAGGGACCCCUCCCGCAUCACGCACUCCUCCGGCAGAGGGGACCCCCCAUCGCAGAGGGGACUUUACAAGGCAGGAGUAUGAAUUAAGACAGCAGCUGAAGCUCAUGGAAAACUUGGGAAAAGUUUCAAAACCGAAGCCUACCACAGUUCGUGACGUCAAGAAGCAAAGAUCUGCAUCUGUGUUUAGAGAUGACUCUGCCCUCUCUCGUAGCCCUGCUAAGGGUUUAUUGGGCACCAAGCUCAACAAAGUGUACUCCCACUCCACCAUGAAUUUGUCGUCUAUGGCUAAUGACUCUGGAGGCCUGACGGUCAGAAAGUCUCCCAGCCGUUCACAUUCUCCUUCCCGGCUAAUGUCACCGGGUCGAACAGGUGGUCGGAAUGGAGAGAAGGACUGGGAGAAUGGUUCCACUAUUUCCUCCCCGGCCUCAAUCCCAGAAUACACAGGACCAAAGUUGUACAAGGAGCCUAGCUUUAAGUCCAACAAGUUCAUUAUCCAUAAUGCUAUCACGCGUUGCUGCAUGGCUGGCAAGGUCAACGAACCACAAAAAAACAAGAUUGUAGAGGAAAUGGAGAAGAGCUCGGCCAAUCACUUCCUCAUCCUCUUCAGAGAUGCCAGCUGUCAAUUCAGAGCAGUUUACACCAUGAAUCCUGAAACGGAGGAGAUGGUCAGACUCACUGGAAUUGGCCCUCGCGUCAUCACUCUUGAGAUGGUGGAGUCAAUUUACAAGUACAGCUCUGACCGCAAGCAGUUCACCGUCAUCCCGUCCAAAACCAUGUCCAUGAGUGUCGAUGCCUUCACAAUCCCGGGUCACUUUUGGCAAAAACGCCCGGGAACUCCGAAGAAGCUUGGCACCCCAAAAUAAAGACAUAUGCAGGAUGGAUAGAUUCUACCAUUCAGGGAACUGACCUGACUCCUAAUGGGCUACAUUUUGGCCAAUGAGGCACUUCAUGUUUUUCUUUUUUUUACCAGGUGAACUAACAGUGGACAAUAUGACUGAGCUAUCAGUCUGGACCCCUGCAACAAUCCUGUAAACUACAUGCCAAAUGAAAUGGCCAUCACUCAGUCAUUCAGCCUGUGAGGUUACGAUAGUUAUUUUUUUCUGAUUGGCUCUGCCUGUUCUACCUAGAUUGUAUUGUAAUGUAACUAGCUCUGUUAGAAUGAAGAAUUUUCUUUCCUUUGCACCCUGACUCCCCAUGCCUUGCCUUACCCUGCCCAUAGAGUCAUUUUUGGACUCUAAGGUAAGCAGGAGAGGCGACAACCAUACUGCCUUUUCCCACAAAACAGCAUUUUGGGCCAGAGUAGUAAUUCCUCCCUCCAUUUGCUUUCCCUUUUUUGCUGCCUUUUCUGUGUUUUCCAGGGCUUUCUCUUCUUCUUCAGUCCACUGAGAGUAAUAGCUCAGUUCUCAGUUGUGAUUGAUCUCAGCUGAAAAUUAAUAGCAGGUUACACAGUUCUCAUGAAUGUAGGGCACGUACUAACCACUGUUUUCAAUCAGGGGUCUUUCUUUACCCAGGAACAGAAAAUACCAUUAUAGGUUCAUCUUUGCGCUGCACUGACAGUGCUCCCUGUGCCCCCACAGUUCAUGCACUCCACUCUAACUCUUCGCUUGGGGACAUCUGGAUGUUUUUAUACUAUUUCAACAUGUUUUUGCUGGAUAAUCAGCCUUUGGAAGCUGCAAAAAGAAUAAAAUUCAUGUGACAUUUAAUUUUGCUUUGUCAUUUUCAACAUGCGGGGAAAUCAAAUGUUGACUGAGCUUGAAAAUACAAAACAAUACUGGAAACACGAAGGAGGGCUUACUAUUUAUCAUUACUUGGACACGACUAUGUGCAAAUGAUAAUUCUGAUUUAAUAUAUACUGAAUGCUAAUUACUUAGAAUUUUUUGACAAUGAUUUGUAAGUUGUUCUUUGUAAGCUAUGAAUAAGCUAGACUGCUGCUUAAGCAUUAGGGAGAUGUAUGUUUGAGAUGAGAAAGUGUGAAUGAGUAGAAAUAGUCAAACAGCUGAAUUGUUGAAAACCAACAGUAGGGUUUAAUAAAUCCUUCAGGCCACUAAGAGUCUGCUUCCUGUAUGAUUCCCUGUUUCAAUUAACUGUAUGUUUCUUAAUCAAGGCUCUUUCUGGGCUGUAACAGCCCUUAUCUUUCUCACAUGUUUGUAAAGACUCUUAUGUAUAAUUUGGUGAAUGUACAAUGCCAAACUGUUCUUCUUUUCCAUGUCCACAAUAUAAACACUUGAACCUGCUGCAGUGCACAUGGGUUGUGAUCAAGUCAAUAUCUCCACAUAAUCUGUGGAAAGUUGGCCGCCUUCUCUUCCUUCCAAGACUUUAGCACUAACACAGCUGUCUUGGUGCAGCGUCCUCUUUCCGAACACUGCUGAAAAUAUUCCAGUACAGAUGUGCACAUUGUUGGGAGCAACAGUUAUAAUGGUAAUUUAAUGUGUGUGUGUGUGUGUGCGUUUGGGUGGGAGCGCACAUGAAGUUAGUGGAUGUUUGUAUUUAUGUGUUUGUAAGGAGUAGAACGUGGUAGUUCAUCACUUCUUUUUGAUUCUGUGCAAUUCCCCCCAAACAUCGCCCAGAGGUGUAUUUAUUUGGUUUGCAUUAGUUGGUGCAUUUGACAUUUUCUUUCAGUUUCUUUUUUUUUCAUUUUUCAUUUAUUUUGAUAAGGUGUUUAGUCACUCAUUCAUUUCAUAGACAUUGUUGACCAUGUUUUCAUUCUGUUUUUUUCAUCAAAUCUGUGCCAGCACAUUAUGAACGUUGCUUUAAUGAAUAGACUACCCUUUGCAACUGGACCACAAAUAAAAAUCCUUUUUAAGUCA